AUGUGUAAAACUUCUGAAAACCCUCCUGAGAUAACAGUAGAGAGGUCCUGGGUCCACACGGGCGAGGGAUUCAGGGCCGAAUUGCUGUGUACUGUUCUAGCAGAUCCACCUGCUGAGGUGACGUGGUACCAAAACUCGUUUCCUUUGAGUGCCACCGAUCGUAUAACAAUGUCAGCUCGCGGCAACAAUCACACUCUACUAAUCGCCAACGUUCAACCUGAGGACUUUGGCAAUUAUAGGUAGGUAUAUGCGUUCCAAAAUCUGAUGGCAAAUCGGGCCUUCACUAAAAAUUAUUGUAGUAAUCGGCCAACCAUUUUAUUGUAGUAGUCGUCACGCCAAAGAUAUUAAGGAAUUAAUUCAAUGAAAAAAAAUAAGUGUCAAGACCUUGUUAGUAACUGGUAAAUUCAUAAACACACUUAAAAAUUCGUUUUGGCUUUUUCGGCAUUUCUCAAAAUAAAUUAAUAUUUUCAAAAAUAUUUACAACAUUGAGAUGUUUCAUUUCUUUUUUUUUUGCCAUUAAAAGGUUUACCACAUACACCUAUAUAA